CACGAACGGUCUAGAUAGUGGUGGUUACACUUGCUACCAGGACGUUGCGAUUCAGUGUGACAUGUAAUGUAAAGUUAUAAGGGAAGCAGUGACAUCGGAGAAGACUACCAUAAGUUACUACUUGAAUAAGAAAAAAAAUACAUUAUUUUCUUGGUCAUUACUUAUCCUAGUAGGUUACAUCUUUACGUAGCUUUCGUCUCUUCCGCCUAUGACAAUUCAGCAGUUGACGCCAAACUCCAGUUGAGAAACACUGUGGAUACUUGGGAAUUUUCGCUGAUAAUUUGCUUUGGAAAGAGGACAACUUAUUGGAGAGCUGCUGUCAUAAGCCCUUCACAUGGUUGGAUUUAUUUGGCUUCCAUUUAUGGAGUACUAAUGGACCCACAUGUGAGACAUGGAUAACCCUUUUGAAAGGUUAUGUGGUUUCUACUUGCUUUCAGUCUGAGUUUUUAAAAUAUGAUCAAAAGCAAUAAAUGGCCAUACAUGGCCAAGGACCUCUUAAAACCUCCUAAAAAUCAGCUGACUUCAUCCUAUUCAAUAAGGCAAUGACAAAACACUCCAGUUCAUGACGUGAGUGUCUACUUAAUUUUUUUUUUUUUUCCUUUUUGAAACCUCUGUUGUUUUUGACUAGCUGGUGUUACCUUGGAGACAAAUUUUAGAAUACUCCCAAGAGGCAUCUGCCUCAUCCCUGAAGCACUUAUGGGAUUCUCUUCUCAUGUUCAGCAACACUGCAGCUUUUGUUUGUGGAAUUACAUAGCCUCCCUUCAAAGAGGCUCCUAAUUCAAGGAAAUAACACCCUGCUAUUUCAAGAGACCCUCCCUUAGCUAGAAGACAUCCUUCCCCACCCAAAGUCCAAUGGCAUGGGUAAAGUUCUUCAGGAAACCUGGGGGCAAUCUCGGCAAAGUGUACCAGCCGGGAUCCAUGCUGUCCCUCGCCCCCACCAAGGGACUUCUCAAUGAGCCAGGCCAGAAUAGUUGUUUUCUCAACAGUGCGGUACAGGUGCUAUGGCAUCUUGAUAUCUUCAGACGGAGUCUACGACAGCUGCCCACUCACUACUGCUUAGGGGAAUCCUGCAUCUUCUGUGCAUUAAAGGGAAUUUUCUCUCAGUUUCAGUUCAGCAGAGAGCGUGUGCUGCCCUCAGACAACCUGCGACAUGCCCUUGCAGAGACUUUCAAGGAUGAGCAGCGCUUCCAGCUUGGCUUCAUGGAUGAUGCUGCAGAGUGCUUCGAAAACAUUCUACAGCGGAUUCACCUUCAUAUUGUUCCUGACGUCGAAACGGACAACUGUACGUCCAAGACUUGCAUCACCCACCAGAAAUUUGCCAUGACACUUUACGAACAGUGUGUAUGUCGAAGUUGUGGAGCCUCGUCUGACCCUCUGCCUUUUACUGAGCUGGUGCACUAUGUUUCCACUACUGCUCUCUGCCAACAAUUCUUUGAGAGGAAAGAUGAAAGGUUUAGCGAACUGCUCCAGACAGCCAGCACCAUUGGAGACCUGCGUAACUGCCCAAGUAACUGUGGCCAGAAGAUCAGGAUUCGACGAGUGCUGAUGAACUCACCGCAGAUCGUCACUAUCGGUUUCGUGUGGGACGCCGAACAGUCUGACCUCACGGAAGAUGUCAUCAAGUCACUGGGGCCACACCUCAGCCUCUCAGGGCUCUUUUACCAAGUUACGGAUGAAAACGCCAAAAAGAGUGAUCUGCAGUUAGUUGGAAUGAUCUGCUACUCCAGCAGACACUACUGUGCCUUCGCAUUUCACACAAAGUCUUCCAAAUGGGUCUUCUUUGAUGAUGCCACAGUCAAAGAGGUGGGCACCAGGUGGAAGGAUGUGGUCACUAAAUGCAUCCGAGGACACUUCCAGCCCCUGCUCCUAUUCUACUCCAACCCUGAAGGUUGCGCUGUGUCUGUCGACGAUCCCUCACGGACAAACAACGCUGCUACCCACACCAAGAGCGCGGUCAAUGGGGAAGUCCCAGACACACCGCUGCUCUCUGGCAGGAAGCUGGAGCUGACCCGAGAGAACCUGACCGCUCUGUUGUCUGGUCACGGCACCCUGAAGCGCACAGGCCAGGCCCUGGCAGCAUUCAAACGCAGCAACAACCAGACGAGUGGCGGAAGAGGGCCAGUGAAGCUGAACACUGAUCCCAAGAGUUACUUACGAGAGCUUUCCAGAGAGCCCCAAAACAUGAACAUCAUAAAGAAAGACUUGGACAGACCCCAAGGAAAACCAGAAACACAGAGACACACAGACACAGCCUCAGAGAGGUCGUACUCGUACUCGCGCUCGCUCUCGCCUCCCGAGAGCAGAUUUAAAAACGUGGAGUCACGUCUGUACAGCAGCCAGGGCCGGGGCCCCACGCGGGUGGAGCGCUCGCCCCGCUCUGUCCCACGCACCGCCCACGCACCGCGCUCCCACUCCCAGCCCCGUGCUUCCCAGCCCCGCAUCGCGCUCCAGCCACCGGCUGGACGCCUCCCGCUGCGGGUGGACUUCUCCAACGGCUACGACACAGACAGCAGCCAGGACUCGCGAGAGCGGCCCGGCGCGGCCCGCCGCGGCAACCGUGCCUGGAGGCCCACGCGCGAGGCUCUCAACGUCGACAGCAUCCUUGGCGGUGGAAGCGACCGCCGCCUGCCACCCGGCCUGCGCCAGCGGACCUCGGCACCGAGUGAGCCAUCCUGGAGUGGGCGUGAUGACGGCAAACCAAAAAGCCUGAUGACCAUUUAUGAGGAUGAGCAGAGAAACGAUAUGGGCAGCAGGAGCUCGCUGGACUCGGAGGGCCGAGAGAAGGACAGGCCCAAAGGGGCUGUCAACAGUCUGGGCUUAAGAACCGAUACCUGGAAAGCCCAGCGGAUAGAGUCGGGGUACGAGAGCAGCGACAGGCUGAGCAAUGGUUCCACUAACCUGGACUCGCCUGUGGUGGAGAACCCAGGCAGAAAAGAGAUUCGACCCUUUCCCGAGGCGACACUGUCAAGGGAGCUGAAUCACCAGCGGAGGUUUGAGGAUUUGAAGCCGGAGGUUCCACGGAUGUCGUUUUCCUACGGUAAUAUUCAUGGGAAAUCUCAUUUGAACCAUGAACUUAAUCACGUUCAAAGACGAAUUUUUCAACGCACCCCUGAUCAUUCGGAGAGAAUGGAAAAGCCUGUGUGUGAGGCAAGUGACCGCACCGUUACUCCCUUCCUGCACCAAACCAACAUCUCUGCCUGGAGUGCAUCGCAAAGGUUCGCCCACUCCUCUGCUCCACCCCUGCCCCCUAAAACCUACGCCCUAAGAGCUGAGAACAGAACGGGACUUCUCCAAGACUCCGCUCACAUGGGGCUUCUCUCUCCGCUCCAUAAAGGAGUAGCUCUAUCACGGAUAAGCCCCGAGAGAUGGAUGGAAAGCCCUUCUGAACCAAACAUGCUUUCUUCUUCAGACACCAGCUCUAAAUCAGGCUCCUCUGACCAGGACAGGGCAGACCUGUCUGCCAGUGAGAGCGAUGCUUGGGUUGACUCCCCUGUCACAGGGGAGUGUGUAAUCCCCACCACCUACUUCUCCGUUGAUAACUGCAUGACAGACACUUACCGGGAUAAGUACCAUAAGAAAAGGCCUGCCCUUUAUAUGAUGACCGAUUCUAAAACAGCAGACCACACAUCAUCUGGGGAGAGUGAUCAUGGUGAAACAAUGUCCCCAACUCCUUCAGAUAUAGGGAUCCUGGAUCUCCCCCGAAACAAGCAAGAAACAGCCUACACCAAUAAAACCAUAGCAAAAUGGAAUCCUGUUUCUGUGAAGGAACUAGACGAACAUGGGUUCCUAUGAUGGCAAGCAUCAUGAUCGGCAGACACAAUGAUGUGAAAAAGUGAAAUUCAGAGGUGGACCUGGUGCCAAAAAGAUUGACUGGUUGCUCAGGUAGAG